CACGGCCAAUGAUGGCUUUGUACGGCUUAGAGGACUCCCCUUUGGAUGUAGCAAGGAAGAAAUUGUUCAGUUCUUCUCAGGAAAGUGCUUUAAGCCCUUUUUGUAAGCUUGGGAAUGUAUCCACGGAAAGGAUUUUUCAUAGACGGAAUUUCCAGAAGUGAAUCAUACUACUGUUAGAGCAUAAGAGUGCAUGAUUGUGCUGUGUAGAUCAGUUGUUUGUUGAAAAGUUUAGAUUGUAUGUUUGUCAAUUAUAUGACUUAAGCAAUGUUUCAAUUUGUAUAUGAAAUGUUUAAAUGUUAUUUUUUUAAAAGUUGAAGUUCCACUAAUUUAGAACAUUGAAAUAUAAAAUGAGGUUAAAAGGUGUUAUAAGUAUAGUAACUGUUGUAUUUAAUGCUUUAAACUUUAUUAAAUUCUUGUGUAAUUCUCAUUAAUUUGCAUAGAUUAGUGUGUUAAUUGUUGAAUUCUUAAUGCAUCCUGUGUUCAAGUUUUUUUUUCUUCCAUACUGUGCCAUGCAUGGGGUGUGUUAAGAAUUGAGUUAAUACUUUGUAAUAAUGGAACUUCAUAUUAUUACAAUGCAUAUGUAAAAGAAUACUUGUUGAAAGCAUACCGUUCACCUAAAGUUAAAAUUCUGGUUUAUUUAAAGCUAUAAGAAGAAUCAUUUCUGGGCUUGUGAUGUUAAUAUUGCCCCCCUACUGGGGUUAUUUGUCCUUGGGUUGAAGGGUUGGAAAUCGUGCCAAAUGGGAUAACAUUGCCGGUGGACUUCCAGGGGAGGAGUACGGGGGAGGCCUUCGUGCAGUUUGCUUCACAGGAAAUAGCUGAAAAGGCUCUAAAGAAACACAAGGAAAGAAUAGGGCACAGGUAUAUUGAAAUCUUUAAGAGCAGUCGAGCUGAAGUUAGAACUCACUAUGAUCCACCACGAAAGCUUAUGGCCAUGCAGCGGCCAGGUCCCUAUGACAGACCUGGAGCUGGCAGAGGGUACAACAGCAUUGGCAGAGGAGCUGGCUUUGAACGGAUGAGACGUGGUGCUUAUGGAGGAGGUUACGGAGGCUAUGAUGAUUAUAAUGGAUAUAAUGAUGGCUAUGGAUUUGGGUCAGAUAGAUUUGGAAGAGACCUCAAUUAUUGUUUUUCAGGAAUGUCUGAUCACAGAUACGGGGAUGGUGGCUCUACUUUCCAGAGCACAACAGGACAUUGUGUACACAUGCGGGGAUUACCUUACAGAGCUACUGAGAACGACAUUUAUAAUUUCUUUUCACCACUCAACCCUGUGAGAGUACAUAUUGAAAUUGGUCCUGAUGGCAGAGUAACCGGUGAAGCAGAUGUCGAGUUUGCAACUCAUGAAGAUGCUGUGGCAGCUAUGUCAAAAGACAAAGCAAAUAUGCAACACAGAUAUGUAGAACUCUUCUUGAAUUCUACAGCAGGAGCAAGCGGUGGUGCUUACGAACACAGAUAUGUAGAACUCUUCUUGAAUUCUACAGCAGGAGCAAGCGGUGGUGCUUAUGGUAGCCAAAUGAUGGGAGGCAUGGGCUUGUCAAACCAGUCCAGUUACGGCGGCCCAGCCAGUCAGCAGCUGAGUGGUGGUUAUGGAGGCGGCUAUGGUGGCCAGAGCAGCAUGAGUGGAUAUGGCAGCCAAGGAGCAGUGAACAGCAGCUACUACAGUAGCGGGAGCCGUGCAUCUGUGGGCGUGAACGGAAUGGGAGGGAUGUCUAGCAUGUCCAGUAUGAGUGGUGGAUGGGGAAUGUAAUUGAUCCUGAUCACUGACUCUUGGUCAACAUUUUUUAAAGAAAAAAAAGUUUAACAGUUUUGCAGUACAAGCUUGUGAUUUAUGCCUACUCUAAGUGGAAAUCAGGAUUGUUUUAAAGACUUAAGUAAGGUUCAGUAUUUUUGAACACAAACAUUCAUCUAGGAUGUAACAACCGAGUAAACUAUAACUGUUAAACAAUUUUCAGCUUUUCUCUAGUUAUAUCGUAGGAUGUACUUAAGCAGUAAGUGUAUUUAGGUUAAAGCAGUUGAAUUAUGUUAAAUGUUGCUCUUAUACCACGUUACAUUGAACACUGUUUGGAUGCAUGUUGAAAGACAUGCUUUUUUGUAAAACUCAAUAUAGGAGCUGUGUCUACAAUUAAAGUGAAAACAUUUGGCAUGUUUGUUAAUUCUAGUUUCAUUUAAUAAUCUCUAAGGCACGUAAGUUUAAGCUUUUUUUUUUUUUUAUAAGUUAAUGGAGGAAAUUUGAGACGCAAUACCAAUACUUUAGGAUUUUGGUCUUGGUGUUUGUAUGAAAUUCUGAGGCCUUGAUUUAAAUCUCUCAUUGUAUUGUGAUUUCCUUUUAGGUGUAUUGCGCUAAGUGAAACUUGUCAAAUAAAUCUUCCUUUUAAAAACUGCA